AUAUUUUUUUAAUCCAGUAUUUAUCCAGUAGUGAUUUUAUGCAAUGGCCUCAAGCCACCGGUCUUCACCAGUGCCUCAGUCAAAGAACAAUGAUGCUUUCUUUAAAAAGGAAAUGGAUUCUUCCAAAUGCUUUCGACCAGUGCGCACACUACCAGAUGUAUGUCCCAAGGAACCCACAGGUGAUCCUAAUAGCUUAUGUGACAGCCCAUCUUUAGUUGUUGAUCAGCAUCGAUGGACUAUUUAUCAUUCCAAAGUAAAUCUCCCAGCAGCACUAAAUGAUCCUCGAUUAACAAAAAGGGAAUCUGAUUUCUUUACAAAAACAUGGGGACAGGAUUUUGUGGACAUUGAAAUCGUGCCUUCGCUCUACCUCCCACAGAUCAACAAGGAACAUUUUGUAACAUACCAACAGGAAGUUGCUCAGAAAGAGAAGAUUCAUGAGAAAUGUAAGAGUAUUUGUCCUCCUAAAGAUACUUUUGACAGGACAUUGUUACAUACUCAUGAUAAAUCCAGGACAGAUCUGGAACAAGUACCUAAGAUUUUUAUGAAACCAGAUUUUGCCUUGGAUGAUCCCGUAACAUUUAAUGCAGUAUUACCUUGGUCUCAUUUUAAUACUGCUUCUGGGAAAGGAAACCGUGAUGCAGCUUCCUCCAAGUUACUUCAAGAAAAGCUGAGCCACUACCUGGAUAUUGUGGAAGUAAAUAUUGCUCAUCAGAUCUCUCUCCGAUCAGAAGCUUUUUUUCAUGCAAUGACCUCUCAGCAUGAACUGCAAGACUACCUCAAGAAAACUUCCCAGGCUGUAAAAAUGCUUCGAGAUAAAAUAGGCCAAAUAGAUAAAGUCAUGUGCGAAGGAUCCCUUAAAGUGUUAAGUUUAUCACUGAGUAGAAAUAACUGUAUAAAAGCAUAUAAUAAGCUGAGGUUGAUGGCAACUGUACACCAAACACAACCUACAGUACAGCUAUUGUUGUCCACUUCUGAAUUUGUUGGAGCACUAGAUUUAAUUGCAACAACACAGGAAGUGCUACAGCAGGAACUUCAGGGCAUACACAGUUUCCGGCAUCUUGGAUCACAGCUUUGUGAAUUAGAAAAACUGAUAGAUAAAAUGAUGAUUGCAGAGUUCUCUUCUUAUUCUCACAAUGAUUUAAGUAGACCUCUGGAGGAAGAAUGUCAAAUUCUUGAAGAGGAAAGGCUGAUAUCACUAGUAUUUGGACUUCUAAAACAAAGGAAGCUGAAUUUUUUUGAAAUAUAUGGAGAUGAAAUUAUUGUCACAGCAAAAAAUAUAAUAAAACAGUGUGUUGUUAACAUAGUAUCACAAAUAGAAGAAAUUGACACAGAUGUUGUUGUAAAACUUGCAGAUCAAAUGAGGAUGUUGAAUUUUCCACAGUGGUUUGAACUUCUGAAAAAUAUUUUUUCUAAUUUUAUUGUCUUUCUCAAGAGAAUUAAGGGAACACUAAAUGUCAUCAGAAGCGUGGUUCUCUUGGUUCUUGACAAGAACCAAAGGAGCAAGGAAGUGGGCGAUGUUUCUGUGCAGACGAAUUCUGCAAAGGAGAGUACCAUAGACACAGAAGUGGCAUAUCUGACUCAUGAAGGCAUGUUCAUAAGUGAUGCCUUCAGUGAAGGAGACCUUCCAUCCACAGUAGCUGAUUCUGCCUCUCAGAGAAACCUUUCCCCAGACAGUGAGCCCAGCAGUAGUGAUUCUGUAUCUGAAGCUGAAUGUACCACUGAUUCCUCAUCUAGCAAGGAACAGACUUCGUCCAGUGUAACACUGGGUGGAAUUGAGAUUGUGAUUGGUGAAGAUAUAAAAUUGUCAGAACUGGAACUGGGCAGAUUAGCAAUUAACAUCCAGGAGCUACUUUACAGUGCCUCAGAUAUUUGCCAUGAUCGCUCUGUCAAGUUUCUCAUGGCUAGAGCAAAAGAUGGGUUCCUGGAGAAACUGAAUUCUACAGAGUUUGUUGCUCUUUCCCGAUUGAUGGAAACUUUCAUCUUGGAUACAGAACAGAUCUGUGGUAGAAAGAGUAUGUCGUUGCGUGGUGCACUUCAGAGCCAAGCUAAUAGAUUUGUAAACAGGUUCCAUGAGGAAAGAAAGACUAAACUCAGUCUUUUACUAGAUAAUGAGCGCUGGAAGCAAGCUGACGUUCCUGCAGAAUUUCAAGAUCUUGUUGAUUCCAUAUCAGAUGGCAAAAUUACUUUACCAGAGAAAAAAGCGGGAGCACCUGAAGAAAGAAAGCCCACUGAUUUCCUUAUUGUUGAUGGACAAAAAUAUGCUGUAGUCGGGACAGUGUUGCUAUUAAUUAGAAUCAUCCUUGAAUACUGCCAGUGUGUGGAUAAUAUCCCCUCCAUAGUGACUGACAUGCUUACUCGCUUGUCUGAUUUACUGAAGUAUUUCAAUUCAAGAAGUUGCCAACUAGUACUUGGAGCAGGUGCUUUACAAGUGGUUGGCUUGAAAACAAUAACUACAAAGAAUUUAGCUCUUUCAUCACGCUGCCUACAGCUUAUAGUAUACUACAUUCCUGUUAUCAGGGCUCAUUUUGAAGCUCGCCUGCAGCCCAAACAGUUCAGCAUGCUUAGGCAUUUUGACCACAUUACCAAGGAUUACCAUGACCAUAUAGCAGAAAUUUCAACUAAACUUGUAGCCAUAAUGGAUAGCUUGUUUGACAAAUUGCUCUCCAAGUAUGAAGUGAAAGCUCCCGUACCUUCUGUCUGCUUCAGGAAUAUUUGUAAGCAGAUGGCAAAGAUGCAUGAAGCAAUAUAUGACCUGCUUCCUGAGGAGCAAACACAGAUGUUAUUUUUAAGAAUUAAUGCAAGUUACAAACUUCACUUAAAGAGACAGUUGGCCCACUUAAAUGUAGUCAAUGAUGGAGGACCUCAAAAUGGAUUGGUCACAGCCGAUGUAGCUUUUUACACUGGAAACCUCCAAGCAUUGAAAGGGCUUCAGACUCUAGAUUUAAACAUGGCUGAAAUCUGGGAACAGAAGAGGUGACUAUCUAACAACUUGCCACUCCAUCAUUUUGGAAUGAUUUCUUGUUUGCAGAACAUGGAUUCUUGCAAACUGAAGAAGAAACUCUCUUGAAAUGUGUUAGAACUUAGCUAUAGGAAUGAUUUGGGGAGAAUCCUUUUCGCAAGAAAAGCAACAACAGUUCUUUGCGCAGUUUCUUCAUUCUAUCUGGAACGAGACUCAGGUUUCUUUGGACCAAAUCCAAAAGAAUUCAUAGCUGUAACACAGCUGUUGUCUAGAGAGUGCUCUGUAAGUCUUUAUAUUAAAAAGAUGCUUUGCAUUUCCUCUAGUGCAAUGAAAUUCAUGUGGUGUCUCAUUUAAUGAUGGUACAGUUUGAAAAUUCUUGCUGUUGAAUUCUUGAAAAUGUUUUCACUAU